UAUUAGUCUGUAAAUCUGCGGUCCUUACGCCACCCCCACACAAAGACUAAAUGCUCAGAGCCUCCGCUGAACAAAGCUAUCUUACAAGCUCUAUCACAUAAACAUAAUCAUGGCAGCUGCGCAGUCGAGCCAACUGGACGAACCCCCAUACCCCUCAUUUGAGGAGCUUCGGAGCAAUGAAGAGCGCGUCCUCUUCUCCCCCGCCGCCAAACGUCUCUACUGGCCUCUAGAAGGCGUCUUCCCUUCGGCAAUAUCCGUCAUGAGGACCGCUCGCAGCGUGAGCGAGCUCGAUCCCUUGUUUAGAGCAGACACCAGCGGCAGCGGUAGUGGCACCUGGCAUGAGAUCGCAUCGCUGCCUCUGACGGACCCAAAAGUCUCUUCUGUUGAGGCUUCACUGCGCGACCUUGACCAAUGGGAGUCUGACUGGCUGGCAUGGCAUAGGGACCAUACUGGAUCUGAGUUUAACGCCGAGUAUGUCACCUAUGGAGAUCUCAGCGAUGAAGACCGGCCAUACGCAAAUGAGCCCAAUGAGGAUGGCAGCUGGGAGGAGGACUCGGAUACUGAGUUUCUCAUCCGAUGUUGCGGAGACGAUAGACCGCUCAGGAAGAGGGGAUUGAAAAUUAAAGUUACACCUUCCUCAGGCAACGACUUUGUCACUGUGCGUGAUUAUGUUAGUGCCGUGCAUCCAUGGCUCAUGGGCUUACGUGGGGACAUUCUACGAGCAAAGACUGUUGCACGUCCCGGGGCGUAUGUUGAGUCAGUGGUCAACACCGAAUGGAUGGUUAGCAACCUGACAGCGCCGCAACACGAAAUAAUGACAAAGGAGUUUUGGAUUGAGAUGCAUCGCCCGCCACGCCCUAUGGAUGCUGCAACCUCCAGGUUCCUGCAAAGAAUAGGCGCAAGGACAGCCCCGUAAUUCACGGGCCGUCUUGUCGUCUGGCCCACCACUCAGCCGGCUAGACACAAAAUUUCUAAUCUAGCAUGUAAUAUGGACGCUGAGGAAAUGGAGCUCGGCUCUCUAUAGGAAUUAUAAAGGUGAUUAACGGGUUAUGGAGGUGAAGUUUUUCAAAAAUCACCUUAAAAGUAUCAAAACCUUCAAUUCUUCAUCCAUGUACAUGUAUUUCAUUAGGAAGCAGUAGAUCACUAUGAAUAUUCUGCUAAACAAGAACUCUUUCUCUCGCUACCCAGCAAUGAAAUUUU